AUGAGAGGCACAGGAGCUCUCGGCGCGCAAGUCCACGCCCUGAAUUUGCUGCGGUCGUUUGUUGCCACAUCUCCUGAGCUCGCAGCAUGCGAUGUGCUGCCAGCAGCAGCAGCAGCGGAUGAUGCGCUGCGCUCCUGCUGCAGCUGCAACAGCGGGUGCAGCAGCAGGAACAACGACAGCAGCAGCAACGGCAAUAUCAACAACAGCACCAACAGCAGCACACUGCAGCAGCAGCCGACGGGGUUGCCAGAGGCACCAACUGAAUAUGCUGCCAAGAAUGUUAUUCCGCCGACGUCUGCUACAGGAGAAGUCGAGACCCCCGAGCUGUCUGUACACCCCAGAUCUAACCCCCCAAUGACGCUUGCUGUUGCAAUGCUCGCUGUUUCCAUUCAAACUGUCUCCUCAGCAGACUUUCCCACUCAGCGCGCGUCUGCCAACGCCUUUGAAUUUUGCAGCGGCGCCGCGCUGCGCACACACUCAGGGGCAGGGAGCGGCUUGCUGUCCAUAGAUUUCUUGUCUCUUGCUGCUCCUCGGCUGCGCCCCCUCCUAGCGCGGGCUCUCAUCCCGCUUGUCAGUACAGCCACACACAACACGACGCGUGCAGGCAACAACAGCCGCCUGCAGUCCACCCCCCAGAGCUGCCACCAGAUCCACCAGCAACAGCAACAGCAACACCAGCAGAUCCCGACGCAGGUGAACCAGCAGCAGCAGCAGCAGCAACAGCAGGAGCAGCAGCAGCAGCUGGUAAUACCACAAAGUGCUGCUUUGCUCAUCCGUGGACUGGCAGCUCAGGGGCCUUCGGGGGCUUCAGCGUUGGUCAACCGUUUGCCCGUGGGGAGUUUGCCCUCAGCAGAGUCAGCUGAACAGCAGCAGCAGCAGCAGCAGCAGGAGGCAGCAGUCGCUGUGCUGCUGCUGCUGACCCGCACAGACCUUAGUUCCAUCGCUGCUUCGGAUCUCCCCGCCCUUGAGACUCUGUUGCAGAGAAGCCCCCCAUAUGCAGUAUUGGCUCAGCUGCGAGCGGUUGCUGCAGCAGGGGCUCCCGACAGCAGCAUCAACUCUAACUGCUGCUGCUGUAGCAGCAGCUGCUCAACGCAGGCACGCGUUAUGGAGGGGUCUGCUGGCGCAGCUAUUGCUGCUUCACGGCAGCUGGUUACAAGCGCUUCCUUUGGGGUGCGCCAGCCAGCAGGAGAGGACGGAGAGGCCUCCUCGUGGCUGCUGCUGCUGCUGCGUUCUUUGUGCUGCUGUCUAGGAUCUGUGUCAUUUGCUUCCCGCGCCCUCGCAGCGCGCGCCUUGGCUUCCUACGUGCUUCAGAGGGGUCGCACGUGGGGGGCUGAAAGCCUUUUAGAGGCCCUCAUUGCAGCAGCAGCAGCGGCGUCUGCUGCUGCUCCACCUGAACGGGCAGCCGGCGUACUUGACGCAGCUUCAGCUGCUACGGGGUGCCUCAAUAACUCUUCUUGUGCCCCCGCAGGUGCUGCUUCUGUUGCUCCUGCUGCAGCAAACGCUGCAGCUGCAGAUUGGAUGCAGUGCCGCCUGGACGCAAACGAACGGAGCGGUUUGCUGCUGUUGGCGUUGGAGCUGUUGAGCCGCCCCGAGGCUGCAGGUUUGGUUGAGGAGGCGCUGGGGGCGGUGAAGAGCACCCAGCUGUCUCAGAAGCUGCAGAAAAUGGGCUGGCAUCUGCAGCAGGCAGCAGCAGCAACAGCAGCAGAAGGGCAGGCAACUGGUCGGCGUAGCUCGGUGGAGAGGGUGCUGCUGCUGCAGGUGCUGCGGGCUGUGGCGCUUGUGGUCCCCGAGAGAUACAAAGAGGAGCUGUGGGGCCGAGCUGCAGCAGCGAGCACAGCAGCGUUAGAGCUGCCCCCGGACGACGAAGAAAUAGAUACAGGAAUAUCAUCGUCAGCAGCAGCAGCAGCAGCAAGAGCAGCUGCGACCAGAGGACCCUCCUUCAUCCGCCAUGUAGGCCUGCCGGCUCUCCAGGCGGUUUCGCUGGGUCUUCUUGUAGAGCGGCACCUCAGACCCCUCCGGCCCGCAGCAGCAGCAACAGCAGCAGCAGCAACAGCAGCAGCAGCAGCAGCACACUUGCGGUCGCUGGAAAAGGUGGCUAGAAUCCUCCAGGAUGCGAUUGCCUUAUCAGUUCAUCCGCAGGCCGUUGAGGUGGCGUUGCUAGCAGCGGCUGACUUAACGAGGGUUCACUGUACAUUUAGAUAUGAGGGUUUACAGUCUACGCAGAUGUUUUCUGAGGGUUUAGGGUUUACAGAGGGCUGUAGUGAGGGGCCAGGGCAGCAGCCAGAAGCUGAGGCCUUGGAGCCAGCAGAGAUCACCGCCAAAGGCCUCACGAAUCUAUGGAAAUUGUGCUGGAGCCUCAUGACCAGCCGGCGUGGGAUCGGGAUCGGGAUCGGCUCGAGCGAGGCGAUCCCAGGGGCAGCAGAAUCUACAGACUUACUGUGGGGUCUCCGCACCAGCUCUGACCCCUUGAGCGUGGCCGCCUGCGAGGUGUUGGCUUCGCUCGCCGCUUUUGCUGCAGCACAUCCUCGGCUCUGCAGGGAGUCUUGCGUUUUGCACCCGCAGGAAGCAGCAUCUGCAGCAGCUGCUGCUGCAGCUCCGGCUGCUGCCGCUGCUGUUACCAGCAACGGCGCUGCCGCCGCCUGGACGCGGUUGGGUGCUGCACUCCUCCGAUGCUCCGCUGCUUCAGCCGGCAAUAGUAACAGCUGUAUGAGCAGCAGCAAGAGCAGCAGCAGCAAGAGAAGCACAUGCAGCAACAGCAGCAGCAACAAGAACACAACCAGCAGCAGCGAGGCGAGCGGUGCUUCGAUAUGUUUCAAAGCAACCCAGAAUCUAUGGGCCGGUCUGUGGGCCUCCGCGGUGCUGCGGUGCGCUCAGCCAACGCAAGAAGUGGCUGUCAGGCUAAGAGCAGCAGAGGAUGAAGACGUCGCCGUGAGAGAAGCAGCGGCAGCAGCAGCAUCUGCUGCUGCUGCUGCGCUGCUCUGUCGCCUCCCGCUGGCAGCAGCAGGAUCUACAACAGCUUGUGGAGCAGCAGCAGCAGCAGCAUAUAAGGAAAGCAGCGGGCAUACAGAAGAAGUGCAGCUGCUGCUGACUGUAGCAGCAACUCCAAUCCUUAGUAACGAGCCUCACGGGCUGGAGGCAGGCGCUCUCUUUCAGCUGCUGCUGCAGCUCCUCUCUAGGAUUUUCCCAGAGAGAGAUGUCUGCCGGCUGCUGUGGAGGCAGCUGCGCCACGGCGGCGGCAUAAGUGGCAGCAGCAGCAGCAGCAACAGCAACGCCUUGACAGGGUUAAGAGAGGAAGAGGCAGCAACGCAGGAGCAGCAGCAGCAGCAGCAGCAAGCAACAGUUGCUGCGGUCGAGAGACUAUUUGAAGAAGAGCCGAUGAACAUAUAUGGUGACCCGCUUUUCUCAAUGCAAGUUGCAGCCCGUGUGCUGCUGCUGCUGCUGCUGCAGCAACACGUAGGGCCUCAGGGGACGGCGCAGACAGAAAAUAUGACUGCUAUGGAGGCCGAGACAAAGGCACAGACAAAGACGCGGGGAGGAACAGAGACAGAGGGAGAUAGAGCAAAGGAGACGAAAACAGAUGCAGCAGCUGCUGCAGUGCGGCGGGCUGUGGUGCUGGCCAGCGUCUGCGCACUGCAUCACAAGGGAGCCGCCGUGGCAGCGCUGCAGGACCUAAGGGGAGGAACAGCAACGAGCUGUUGCAGCUGCUGGCGCUGCAGCAGCAGCAGCCACAGCAGCAGCUCCUGCAACGAGGGGGCAGCAACAGCAACGGCAACAACAACAGCAACAGCAACAACAGCAGCAACCGCGGCACCAACACCAACAUCAGCACCAGCAAUGAGAAACUCACAAGUAAAUACUAGGACUCUGUGGUUGAGGAAGGCGAUGAAGACAGCAGCAGCAGACAUGCAAGCACUGCACGAGGCGCUCAGCAGCACCGCAGCAACUGCUGCUCCUGAGGCUGGGACUGCAUGCGGCUCUGCUGCUGCUUCUCAUUGGCUGCUGCAUCCAACGCAGCAGCAGCUGUAUCUACAAGCGCAGCAGGUCCUGCUGAGCGCGUGGGUGAGCGUCCUGCUGUGGUUAGAUUAUGGGUUGUCAUUCGAGGACACAAAUGUAAGGCUCCUUGCUGCAGCAAUAAAGACGCUGCUGCUUCAGUUUGAUGCUGCUGCUGCCGUCGGUCAGCACCCGCAGCCUCUUGUGGUUGCUGCAGCUGAAGCUCUCUAUGAUAUCCUCAACUGCGCAGCAGCUGCCGCAGCAGCGGAUGCGGCGGCAUCGGGUGCAGCAGCAGCGGACGCAGCAGCAGCAACAGCACCAGCAGCAGCAACAGCAGUAUCAACGGACAACCCCGUCGAUGUGGCCAAGAAGAACUUUCUUGUUUCUUCUUCGCAGUCCCGAGAAGAAGUGAAGAUAUUUAUAGAACAAGGAGACAGAGAAAGAGAUACAAAACUAGCAGCAAGCAGCGCGCAGUCUGCUGCUCUGCUGGCAGAGUGUUGUCUCUCGUUGCUGCCGGAUUCGUUUCCUUUUCGUUGUUAG